UUUCUCUCGACAUCCCCCCUCUUGUCUGUUGGGCCUGUGACUAUUUGCGACGGCAUGCCGGCCCACAACAGCGACCGUCUCGCGGCCGCUCAGACUGGAUCUGAGGCAGAGCCUUUGCUGUCUAGCGCACUCAGAUCCCGGUCUGGACCCGCGGUUGACGACAUCGAGUCAAGUUCGUGCUCGUCGCGGCUGGACUCGGGCACACCGGAUCCGUAUGGGAUCAAGGCUGGGUUCAAGACGGACGACGAGCUCGCUGAGCUGCGGCAGCAUAGCCCUGGGGGGAAGGCUGGGAGGCGGCUUGAGGGGUUUCAUCGGAGGCAGAAUGCGCUGAUCGAGGCGCUGCUGAAGCCGAUGGACCAGCACACGAUCGAGGCGCGGGAGGAGGAGGAAAAGGCGUGCUUGCCGGUCAAGAUCGCCGUUUAUGCCAGUCUUGUUGCUAAUUUCGCGCUGUGCGUCCUUCAACUGUACGCCGCCGUUUCCGCGUUCUCGCUGUCCCUUAUCGCGACGUCCAUCGAUGCCAUGUUUGACUUCGGGAGCAACGUCUGGCUUUACGCGCUUCACAGGCAGGCGGAGCGGCUGGACGUGAACAAGUGGCCGGUCGGCGGAUCGCGGCUCGAGACCAUUGGCAACGUCGUUUUUGGCUCUUUGAUGUCGGCUGUCAAUCUCGUGGUCGUUGAGGAGUCUGUGAGGUCUCUUAUUGCGCGAGAGGAUGAGAAGGAGUUUCAUCUCGCGUCGAUUCUCGCGGUCGCGUUUGCUCUAGCCGUGAAGACUGCCCUCUUCGGCUACUGUACGGCGCUCAGGGGCAAGUCCAGCCAGGUGCAGAUCCUCUGGGAAGACCACAGGAACGAUAUCUUCGUCAACGGAUUCGGUCUUAUCAUGUCUGCAGGUGGCAGCAGACUGGUUUGGUGGAUGGAUCCUGUCGGCGCCAUUGUGAUUGGUUUGGGUGUCAUCAUUGCGUGGGGAAGCACCAUCUCCGAGCAGUUCGAGCUGCUGGCGGGCAAGUCGGCGCCACACGAUUUCCUGCAGCUCAUUGUGUACAAGGCGAUGACGUUCAGCGAAGAAAUCGAGAAGAUCGAUACCGUGAGGGCGUACCAUAGCGGACCAAACUACUUCGUCGAAGUCGACGUCGUGAUGGACGCGUCGACGCCGCUCUGGAAGGCGCAUGACGUCAGUCAGCAGCUCCAGGACAAGAUCGAGGUUCUCCCAAACGUCGAACGUGCGUUUGUACAUGUCGAUCAUGAGACGACACAUAGGCCUGAACAUCGGAAGAUCUGGUAGUGCCCUCGCGAGCGCGGUAUUGGCGUGGACUAAUGGAUACACAACGGCUCAAGAAGAUCGUACAACUUGGCGGCAGGCCGCCUUGUGCAAUCAAAGUGUACAUUUAAUGACAAGCUGGAUAUUAAAUGUCGAGUAUCACAGAUUUCAGCGUAUAAUGAUAAGGCUGCGCUCUGGUGCAGCGAGGCUCGCUACCGAAGAC